UUUAUCCAGUACUGGACUGUCGAGCUAAACCAUACCCUCCACAAUCAUGACAGAGGCAGCAACCAAAUUGGACUUGAAGGAAGCAGUUGGCGGAAAGGUGGAGACCAUUACAAAGAGAGUGUCAGGCAAAAAUUGGAAGCUGCAGAAAACCCCUACUCACCGAGCUCAAAUGUCGAAAAAGCUUAGAAAGUCAUGGGAACAACGCAGCCAAGAGAGGACAAAGCAGGAAACCGUCAAAGCUCUCGAGAAGCAGAUGAAGGACGAAAAGCAAGCCGAAAAAGAUGUAUGUGGAAUGGAAAUGAUUGUGCACUUGGUCUAGUUGUGACAAAAUACUAAUAGCUUUUUUAAUAACAAUAGCGCAAGCGAGAAACUACAUUGGAACGUAAAAAGAUCAAGGAAGAGAAGGAGCGAUUAGAACAAAUGGCCGAAAAGGUACGAAAAUAUUUACAAGAUCACACGUUGAUACAUGAUAUCCACUUUUGUGUUGUAAGCAUAC